AUGGCCUCCUCACGCACCCCCUUCACCCACCGAACCCAACAAAUCCUCGACAAACUCAAAGUAAGCAAUGACUCAGACAAGAGCGAAGAAAGCGGACAAUUCGGAAAAUGGUCCAACAAGGAUCUCGAUCCAUCGCCACCGUCGCAACGGAUCUGGUCCGCAUGGUCGUUUUUCGCGUUCCAGUUCAGUAUUGCGUUUUCGCCAACGACGUAUAAUGCCGGUGCCAGUUUGUAUGCAAUCGGGUUAAAUUGGUGGACUAUUUUUAUUGCGUCUAUCAUCGUUUCGAUUAUGAUUGCUAUUCUCCUUUUUCUGAAUGCGAGAGGACCUGCGAGAUAUCAUAUUGGAUAUCCAACUCUUGUCCGUGCAUCGGCCGGCAUUUACGGCUCUCUUGUGUUCAUUUUCAUUCGUGGUGUCGUCGCAAUCUUAUACAUGAGUAUCCAGACAUACUACGCCAGCGAAUUCCUCGCGGUCAUGUUACGUUGCGUCUUUGGACACCGAUGGACUGACUUUCCUAACCACCUCCCUGCGAGCGCCGCCAUCACCUCCGCCAAUCUUCUAGCCUUUGGCCUGCUGUGGCUCAUCCAGUUCCCAUUCGCAUUCGUGCAUCCCAGCAAAAUGUCAAGAGUCUUCCAGAUCAAGUCCGUCAUUGCACCUAUCGGAUUGAUAGUAACCAUGAUAUGGGCUCUCGUGCGAAAAAAGGCAUCAAGUCACGGCGCAGACUUCAACGGCCUAAGUUCGAAGACUGUCUCCGGUGCCGCCCUCGGCUGGUCAUUCAUGAAAGCCAUCAACUCCAUCGUCUCAAACGUCAUUCCUCCACUCGUCAACAUCGCGGAUCUGGCACGCUACGUGCAAAAGCCGCGCGAUACGCUUCCCAUGCCUAUUGGGUUGGUGGUUAGUAAACCGCUUGUCGUGUUUUUGGGCAUGGUAAUUACUGCUGCGGGAUACAAGCAGUUUGGAGAGGCGUACUGGAAUCUGUGGGAUUUCUACUCUAGUGUUCUGGAUCAUUACUGGAGUCCGGGCGCCAGGACGCUUGUGUUUCUCGCUGCUGGUAUUCAGGCAUUCGCAACAUUCGUCACAAACUUUACGAGUAAUUCGAUCCCUGUUGGAUGCGAUCUGACAGGCUUGUUUCCGAGACAUUUCACCAUUGUCCGUGGCCAGGUUCUGUGCUUUAUCCUCGCCUGGGUGUGCGUCCCCUGGAAACUCACCCACUCCGCAACCUCAUUCCUUAACUUCCUCGGCUCCUAUCUCUGCUUCAUCUGUCCCAUCGUGGCAUGCAUGAUAGUCGACUACUGGCUCAUCCGUAAAGGCAACCUGCACGUCCCCUCCCUCUACAAACCGUCCGACGACUCAAUCUACCAUUACACCCACGGCUUCAACCCGCGUGCCUUCAUAGCCUGGAUCGUCGCAAUCGCCCUCGUAAUCCCCGGCGUCGCAUCCGUGCUAUCACCCGGCUCAAUUGGCCCCGCAGCAGUCAAGAUCUACAAUAUGGGAUUCCUACUAUCCACCAUCGUGGCCGGAGUAGUAUACUACCUCGCCUGUCGUAUCUGGCCAGUUGCAAUCUACCCAGCAGAAAUGGAUGCGAGAGAUAAAUCGUGGGAGGCGAUGGGGUACACGGAAGGGUUUUUCGCGGAAGAUGAGGUUGUGCCGGAGUAUUUGAGGGAGAAGGUUUUUGAUCGUGGUAAUGAUGGUAGGGUUUAUGUUGAGACGAAGGAGGCGGCGUUGGAUGAUGGGGAUGGGCAUCCGACGCGGUGGGUUUGA